CCCCCUUCAUUUCUUUAUAGAUAGAUAGUUAGACGGAUAGAGAGAGCAUUUGCUUCUAAUAACAAAAUAAGAUAAAUAAAAAAUUAGAUAAAUCCCCUUAGCCUUAUCUAUUGGCUGUUCUUCUUGUCAUUCUGAGUGGAAGGAAUCAUGGGGACUCAAGAAAAUGCCUGGGAUGUUGAAAAGGUGCAAUUUCUAGAAGCCGAGUUUCAGCGUUUAUCUAAAGAGAACGAGGAGAUUAAACAUAUGAUUAGUGUGAUGAGCAAUAACUGCAAUAUUCUUCAAGAUCAGUUGAACAAGAAGAGGACACAUGAGAUGUGCACCAUGAAAGACAGUUGCUCUAGCCAAGAUUCAGUCAAGAGACUGGCAAGGGAAACGCUCAGUACAAAAUCGUCACAGGUCAUUAUAAGAACCAAUGAGGCGGACACUAGCUUAAUAGUGAAAGAUGGUUAUCAAUGGAGGAAGUAUGGACAGAAGAUCACUAAAGAUAAUCCAUCACCGCGGGCUUAUUUUAGGUGUUCUACCACUCCGGAUUGUCCCGUCAAGAAGAAGGUGCAAAGAUGUGUGGAUGAUAAAUCUAUUCUCGUGGCAACAUAUGAAGGAGAGCACACUCAUGCGCUUAGCAAUGGACUUGAAGGCUCAACCUCUUCACCACAUGGCUCAGACCCUGGUUUAGCGUGUUCUAUCCCAGUUAAUCCACUUCGACCAACUAUCAGCCUUGAUAUGACCCUAUGUGGGACCGAUCAAGAGAUAAACAGACCCACUCAAAAUUUCAAUAGCAACAACAACAACAACAAUAACACCACCACCGCCGUCGCCGCCACCACCACUAACAACAUGGCUGGGUAUGUGGCAUCUUUAACUCGAGAUCCCAACUUCAUUGCAACCUUAGCAGCCGCGAUUGCACGAUCCAUUGUAAACCCUCCUUAUUCACCCAAGAGGUGAAAUUUAAAGUUGAAUUAUUAGAAAUCAUUCAGGUUGGAAACAAAAUUAAGAAUUUUUAUAAAUUUUUAGGCUCGAAAAGACUCCUUUGUAAGUGAUUUUUU